AUGAAUCUCGUGAUAUGGUGGCUCAUGGUUGUGGCAGUGGCUGCCAAAGUGCUUAAACCCUCGCAGGACGAGUGGUACCAAGACCCGGCCAAUUUGGCCACCGCUGAACCGGGUGAGGUGCUCAAAUUGAGACCGGUACCCCACAAAUUACGCCUGGUGUAUUUCUCGAUGAAUGUGGCUGGGGCAUGGCAAGUCAUGGUCAAAUCUCAGACGAAACACGGCCACCCGGUGGCAGUGGUCAGUACGGUGAUUGCUCCUCAUGGCGCUCGAAACGACCGUGUUCUUUUCUUCCAAAUGGCUCAGGAUACCAGUGACCCGGACUGUGCUCCGCUGUACCUGGUACUUUCGGGAGCACUGAUGACUACUAUUUAUAAUCAAUUGGAGAUGGCCACAUUACAAUUGGCGCUUGACCGAGGCAUGUUUGUCGUGCUUCCUGACUACGAGACGGUGCAUGGGUGGUGGCCCGGUGGAAAGCAAACCGGGUAUGCCGUACUUGACCUGAUUAGAGGCGUGGUUAAGCACACUGAAGAUACUACUGGUAUAUCUCCCCUGGCAAAGGUAACGAUGUGGGGGUAUCUGGGUGGCCUGAUCCCAACUAAGUGGGCCCUGGCAUUGAUCAAACGGUACGCUCCUGACCUCAGAAAGAACGUGGUGGGAGCAGCGGUGGGGGGAGUGGUGCUGAACUUGGGGCUGACGGCUCGUCAUAACGAGGGUACGUUAUACGCUGGUUUAGUGGCACUGGCGGUGGGUGGUUUAGCCAAACAAUACCCUGAAUUUGACGAGUUGAUUAGGGACCAGCUUAGUGACGCUCAUUACCGGGAAAUCAACUAUACUCAAAAUUCGUGUAUGGUCCCCGCCGUGAUUAAGUUUAGGCAUAAACGGUUCUUCACUGGGGACAAGCCUUACGCUAGAGACGGAUUAACCGUCUUGGACUUACCAUUGGUGCAAAAGAUUUUUAAAGAGCACACUAUGGCUGACGACCCCGAUACUCCCUACCCUCACAUCCCCAUGCUUUUAUACCACGCCAAAAACGAUGAGAUCAUCAACUACCACGACCUGGAGGUGAUGUUCCACUCGUGGUGCAAAAAGGGUAUCAAACUGUUAGAAUUUGUCACCGAUUUGACGCUGCGCCACGUCAAUGGUAUCGUCACUGGCGGGCCCAUGGUGGUCAAUUGGCUUGAACAACGUAUGGACGGCGUCCAGCCCAAUACUGGGUGUGAUGCUCGUGAAGUGGAGAGCUUUUUAGAUGGUACGAAUGUCACCAGAUGGCUGAUGGCGAAGAAAUUCGCUGCUAACGUGUGGGGUCGUCCCGUGGGUCCGGUGACUACAUUACCGCUGACUGUUUCAUCUACGACGCUGUGGUUUACGGGAUUAACUGAACCCGCGGGUUUACCGUCGUGGUGGAACGUGAAACGGUGGUGGCACUCAUGGCAAGCCCUCCACUCCGCUAAUUAG